UCCGCUGGAUGCCUGAAUCCGCUUUCCGGAAUCCAAACCAUCGGUAGGAUUUUAUUUUUACAGACAAUAUAAGCUCUUUAUUGACUCUUGAGCGCAUCAGACUCUGUGUAGUGAAACUCAUGUGAUUUAUUUUGAUAUUGUUGUGAGGAAAGACUAGAUAAGUGCUCGAAAUAAGUAAAAUCGUGGCCAAUGUCAGCAGGCGUGUCAGAUCAGCGGAUGAAAGGCCAAGGGAAUCAAGUGACAAAUGCACCGAAAGAGCAACAGUUAGAAUCUGGAGGCGACGAGUUAGCGGAGGUGUCAUGGCGCCAUCAGCAACAACCGUCCUACGCACCACCCAUCUCGUCAGCGGCCGAUCACUACAGCGCGGCAGGUUAUUAUGGUACAACAGCUCUUCCUUAUCAAGCUUUUGGAGUCGGGGAUGGGACAUGGUCUACCAAUGGAACAGAACCGAUGACUUUUCUUGGAGGAUACAAUCCUCACGAUUCUUAUGGAAUGGAUGGUAGCGUGUUUGGGCCGUCAACGACGCCUUUUUCCACGGCGGCAUUCGGACAGCCCGCUUCCUCAUUUAACUACUUUCAUGGUAAUGGUGAUUAUUCUACUUGGGGCCAAAUAGGUCGUGCUAAACAAUAUGACGACUACUACAGAGCGGACGGCCUUUACGUGCCAGACGGCGUCAAGGCGGUGGAGUCGGGCGUGCAGACUCUGUCGCUCGGCGAACACAAGGUGGACAAGGAGCGCGGGGUGGAGCUCAAGGACACGUCUGGAGGAUCGCAACCCAAAAAGAUGACAUGGGCUUCAAUCGCCAGCCAACCGGCUAAACCUGCCCCGACUUCCCAGACUACGGGCCUCAAGAAGAAGGGCCCCGGCAUGCCCCCACCGCCGAUCGUGCCGGGCAAACACAACAUGGAUAUUGGAACCUGGGACGCGGGUAAAACCGCCUCAGUCGUGACGGCACCGCCUCCGCCUCCUCAACAGGCGCCGGUGGUUCCACCAUCGAUGCCGAUGCCGAUGCCUGUGGUGCCAGUGCCUGCGGUGCCCGCCGCCGCCCCAGCCCCUUCGUCGGCGCCUGCUCCAAUACCGGCCGCGGCGCCACUACAGAGGGGCCCCCCGCCCCAGCACCAGCCGCCGCCGGUGUGGGCACAGGCGCCCCGCGGCCCGCCGCCGCCGCCGCAGCACCAGGCGAGGCCCGCCAUGUCUGUGCCUCAGGCUGCUCCUCCCGUUGCGCCUCAGACUGCGGUGAUCCCGCAUCCGGUGCUGGAUGAGUUAAAGGUCAAGAAUGACUACAAUCCAAAAGAAUUCGACUUGAGCGCGCCUCAAGCUAGGUUUUUCGUAAUAAAAUCUUAUUCGGAGGAUGAUAUUCAUCGCAGUAUCAAAUAUGAGAUAUGGUGUAGUACUGAGCAUGGCAACAAGCGCCUGGAUUCAGCGUUCCGUGAGCGAGAACGGGAGGGUGGUUUAGUGUACUUGUUUUUUUCUGUGAAUGGUAGUGGCCAUUUUUGUGGUAUGGCGCGCAUGAUAAGCGCUGUCGACUAUAAUUCCAAUUCUAGCGUGUGGUCUCAAGACAAGUGGAAAGGGCAGUUUCGUGUCAGGUGGGUCUAUGUUAAAGACGUUCCAAACGUGCAACUUCGUCAUAUCAAAUUAGAAAAUAAUGAGAACAAGCCCGUGACGAACUCUCGCGACACCCAAGAGGUGCCCCACGCGAAGGGCUUGCAAGUACUGAGAAUAAUGCAUAGUUAUUGCCAUUCGACGUCUAUUUUUGAUGAUUUCAUUCACUAUGAGAGACGCCAAGAGGAAGAAGACUCGCGUAAAGUGCCACUCCAUCAUAAUAAUCAAGAGAAUACUCGCGAUGAGCAAGAAGCGAACCGUGGUUUCCGGAACUAUCGCGAAUACGGUAGAGACGGUCGCGAUCCUCGCGACGGGCGUGACGGCCGCGAGAUUCGCGACCAAAGAGACAUGCGCGAACAUCGUGAUCAACGGGAUCAUCGUGAGCCACGUGAUCCUCGCGAUCAUCGGGACCCACGGGACCACCGCGAUCAUCGAGAUCAACGCGAUCACCGUGAUCAGCGUGAUCACCGGGAUCAUCGAGACCACCGUGAUCACCGCGAUCACCGCGACCAUCGCGAGCCGAGGGAUGACCGCGAUGGAAGAGACAAUCGUGAUCAUGGUUUUCGUGACCGCGACGCGAAUAAUUACAGACCUCAUCACAAGGAGCGCGACGGGUCCCGCGGCCGGGGGCGCCCUCGCAACUGAUUGUAUGUGAUGUGCGAGACAUAAUGAGGACUGGCUUCUCCCCAUAGACAGUAGUACUCGAGUUAUAAUUGGUACCGCAUUACACGCCGGGUUUAUGCAUCGUACGUGCAUAACCAGGGAUCAGGAUUUUGUCCUAUGAAGACGUGACCGAAUGUUGCAUCGCAACCGGAACAGUAAUAUAUUGUAUCAAUUGUUUUAAUACUUUAUACAGUGCUUCACUAAGAAAGACUUUCAACAAAUUCAAAUGUGCUAAAUAAUAUUUUGAACUGGAAGAACGUUUAAUUAAUGUAACGCCUAGUGAACAGAACAUAAACAAAUACCAACUCGUCAUGUUGCGGUCUCGCAAAAUGUGGCGUGUAGUGAAAAUGUGGACAUUAUUUCAAAUUUGUGGACUGAAUCAAUGAGUAAAUAUAUAUAUAUAAAAUGAAUUCUGUGGUGUGAGGAGUUGAUCCUUUUAGUUAGGGAGUGGUGGAGUUAUCUGACCGUGGUGGUAUCUGAAGUGCAGUGACAAGGGGCAUCUUCUUCAACGACUCGCGGCGGAGCGUUCACGUCUCUAUUGCGAUGUAAAAUUAAAUUUAUAUCGUCAAAGAGGUAUUAACAGUAAACAAGUGGACGUUUUGUAUACGUUUUUUUAAAUAUAGAUAUCAAGGGCAGUUUUUUAAGAGUUCUCUCGUGGCAUUGAGUUCAUAUCAUCAAUUUUAUUUAUAUAUUUUUUAAUGUAUUGAACACAUUUUUAUGAAUUCACUGUUUUAUGGCGCAAUAAUAGGUCAUAUGAUUGAUUAUAUACCAAGUUUUAUUUAGCAUGAACGCAGUAGUGAUAGAGGCACUAUUUUAACAUUUGGAUCGGUUAGUUGUCGCCGCCCGCGCGAUGGCUCCGCGGCGCGGAGUACGUUUCCUGCUCGGAUGUACAAGCUACAUACAUAAUGUUCAAGUGUAUGACUAGCGAAUCAUACCUAGAUGUAAUUCGUUGAAAUACAGAUUAAAUAAUAUAAUAGAAUCCAAUAGAAAUUUCUAUAGUUGUAGCUAGAUAUGGACUGUUCUUUGUUGAAUUUUAACAUGUGUACAUAUGUAUUUUAAUAAAAUAAAAUUAUAAAUAUUUACUAUUUUAAGUGUAACUGAAGUGCGACGAGAGAAAUUGACAACGGACCGAAGGAUUUAUUAAUUUUACCAAUCAUCUAAUCAUUGUAUCACCCACCUUAUUUUUAAAGUGCCUUUUAAACAUUUUUUAAUUUAGAUUUUCAAUUUUGGUUUGACUAGGUAUUUAGUGCCGACGGCAUGAUAUUAUAUGUAAUUCUAUUUUAACGAGCGUUGUUUGUAUAUCUAAUGAUUUGCUGAUGCAUACUAUUUCUUAGUUUUCAUGCAGCCUAAGACAACCUAAUGUAUUUUAAUGACAAAUGUUAACUCGAUUGAUGAUAAUUUGUAAUCAAAUUAUGUUUUACCCAUAUAAAGUUCUCUUUAAAUUUAUACUGAAUAAAAGCCUGUCAUAGAA